AUGGGGGGAACUUGGACUCACUUUAGGGAGAUUCUCAGAACCUGGAUGCUUAAGGAGCAGCUAUGGACCCAGAGCCUGGAUGAAGCUAACAUGCUGCAGCAGAAGAGGAUCUGGGAGUCUCCCCUACUUAAGGCAGCCAAGGAGAAUGAUCUCUGCACCCUCAAGAAGUUGAUUCUGGAUGGUCCCUGUGAUAUUCAUCAAAGAGGGGCCCUGGGGGAGACAGCACUACAUAUUGCUUCCCUUUAUGACAACCUGGAGGCAGCCAAGUUGCUGAUGGAAGUUGCUCCUGAACUGGUGAAUGAACCAAUGACCUCUGAACUGUAUGCAGGCCAAACAGCACUUCAUAUGGCUACUGUGAACCAAAAUACAAACUUGGUGAGGGCCCUGCUGGCCCAUGGAGCCAAUGUUUCUGCCCGAGUUACUGGAAAAGCCUUUCAUCAAAAUAAACUCUUCUACUUUGGGGAGCAUCCUUUGUCCUUUGCUGCUUGUAUGGGCAAUGAGGAGAUCGUCCGCCUACUUAUUGAGUUUGGAGCCAACAUCAGAGCCCAGGAUCACUUGGGAAACACAGUGCUGCACAUCCUAGUCCUGCAACCUGGCAAAAAUCUUGCCUGCCAGAUGUACAAUGUAUUGCUAUCCUAUGAUAGCCAUGGGAGUCAUCUACAGCCACUUGAGCACAUCUCUAACCACCAGGGCCUCACUCCCUUCAAGUUAGCUGGUGUGGAAGGCAAUACUGUGAUGUUUCACCAUCUGAUGCAAAAGCGCAAAUAUAUCCAAUGGACACAUGGCCCAUUGUCCUCCACGUUGUAUGAUCUCACGGACAUCGAUUCCUGGGGAGAUGAAUUAUCCUUCCUGGAACUUAUUGUCUCCACCAAGAACCGUCAGGCCCGCCAGAUCCUAGACCAGACUCCUGUGAAGGAACUGGUGAACCUUAAGUGGAACAGGUUUGGGAGACCAUACUUCUACAUUCUGGGUGCCAUUUAUGUUCUCUACAUGAUUUGCUUCACCAUGUGUUGUGUUUACCGUCCUCUCAAGCCUCGAAAUGACAACCAAACCAGUUCGCGAGACAUGACUCUCUUCAAAGAAAAAUGUCUUCAGGAAUCCUAUGUGACUUCUGAGGAUUAUAUUCGGCUGGUUGGGGAGCUGAUGUCUGUCAUUGGAGCUGUGGCCAUUUUACUCUCAGAGAUUCCGGACAUCUUCAGAGUUGGGUUUGCUCGAUACUUUGGACGCACCAUCCUUGGGGGACCUUUCCAUGUCAUCAUUAUCAUCUAUGCCGGCUUGGUGCUGGUAACCAUGGUGAUGCGGCUCACCAGCACAUCCGGGGAGGUGGUGCCCAUGUCUUUUGCCCUGGUGCUUGGCUGGUGCAAUGUGAUGUACUUCGCCCGAGGAUUCCAGAUGCUGGGCCCCUUCACCAUCAUGAUCCAGAAGAUGUUUUUCGGGGAUCUAUUACGAUUUUGCUGGCUGAUGGCUGUGGUCAUCCUGGGCUUUGCUUCUGCGUUUUAUAUCAUCUUUCAGACGGAGAAUCCAAACCAGCUGGGCCAAUUCUUCAGUUAUCCUAUGUCAUUAUUCACCACCUUUGAGCUCUUCCUUACAAUUAUUGAUGGUCCUGCCAACUAUGAUGUGGAUCUGCCCUUCAUGUACAGUGUGGUCUACUUUGCCUUUGCCAUCAUCGCCGCCCUCCUGAUGCUCAACCUCUUCAUUGCUAUGAUGGGAGAUACUCACUGGCGGGUGGCCCAUGAGCGGGAUGAGCUCUGGAGAGCCCAGGUUGUGGCCACCACAGUAAUGUUGGAGAGAAAGCUACCACGCUGCCUAUGGCCUCGCUCAGGGAUCUGUGGGAGAGAAUUUGGUCUUGGAGAUCGAUGGUUCUUGCGGGUUGAAGAUUUUCAGGAGCACAAUCCUCUUCGUGUGCUCCGAUAUGUAGAAGCCCUCAAGUCAUCUGACCAAGAUGAAUCAGAACAAGAACAGCUAUCUGAGAAGCUACAAUCCAAGCAGAAGUGUAAAACCCUGGGGAAGGCCUCAUUAGCAGCCCCAACACCCUCUUUAUCCCGAACUACAUCUCAGAGCAGCUCCAGUCACUGGGGCUGGGAGGUUGUUCGCCGAAACACCUUGGGCCAUGUGAACCAUGGUCUGGAUUUGAGAGAUGGGGAUGAGGAGGAGAAAGUCUACCACGUAUGACUCAGACAUACUUGACUCUUGACCUUCUGACACUGGAGGAAGAAAAAUGUUUAUCCUAAUGUGACUAAUCGUGACUCCCAAGUCACUAUUGGAAUGUGGGUCAUCCAGCCCAUUCAAUAAUUUAUCCCACUCUGACAGUGUAGAGUGGUGGUCAUUCUGUCCACAAAUCCUCAUGCCCUAGCAAAGGAAUAAGGAUUGGGUCAAAUGCUCUUUUAAUUCCAAGUCUGCCAUGGCAGAGGAAUGGGGUACUAAAGUUUAUGAUUAGCCAUGAUGAAGGAAGCUCUGACAAUAUCUGGGACUCGAUCUUCCAGACUUCCUCCCCUUAGCCACUCUGGGCUCUGAUGGAGUAUGGAAGCAGAAUAAAUCAGCUAGGCUCCAUGGAACUGAAUGUGAGCAGAGCCAGGCAUAGAUUUGUAGCUCUUCCUCCUCUUCUUUAUAUUUAUCCAUAUCCUUAUCAAGCACAUAUGCACUAUUUCCUACUCUAAUAGGGCUUCUAACUUAUAAUGGGGAGGAGUGGUCCCUCUUCUACACUCAUUAGCAUUUCAGAAGUGUGACUGAGUAUUUGUAUCUUUGCACAGAAUGUGAAUCCAUAAAAAUGUGUAACUGGUGUCUAUAUCUGGUCUUUUCUGAUUAGUUUCCUUCGAAUUAGC